ACAAUUCCCAAAAUUAAUCAAAGCGCCUGGUUGAGAUUUGUUUUUAGCAUAGCAAAGACACAAAUAGUGCUCGAGGAAAGCGAAGUUUCGUAUUUUUCUACAAAGACUAUAUUUUAUAAACGUUUUUUUAGCUUUUCAGCAUAUUGUGAGAACAGCUCUGAAAGUGACUUUGUGUCAUGCCAGUGCACCGUGACAGAGAGAAGAAAGAGAAUAUCGCUGAAGAUAUGGAGCUGGAGGAGCAGGAGCACGAAGCAUCCACCUCAGACGAAGAGGAUUCUGAAACCUCGUCUGUUUCUGAGGAUGGAGAGAGCUCCGAAAUGGAUGAGGAGGACUGUGAGCGGAGGCGGAUGGAGUGUCUGGAUGAAAUGGCCACCUUGGAGAAACAGUUUAAUGAUCUCAAAGACCAGUUAUAUCGAGAGCGUCUGAGUCAGGUGAGUAGCAAGCUGGCAGAGGUGGAGGGUGGCCGGGCAGCAGAAUAUCUGGAGCCUCUGACUGUUCUGCUGGAGAACAUGCAAGUUCGCACCAAGGUGGCAGGAAUCUACAAAGAGUUGUGUUUGGAGUCUAUUAAAAACAAAUAUGACUGUGAAAUCCAGGCUGCAUGCCAACACUGGGAGGUUAGAAACACAGAUUACUUGAUCACCAACUAGAUGUAACAGAUUUUUACUUAAUCUAUAA